CCACCACGACACCAUCACGAAGACAGCAUCCAUCAUGUCCGAAGCCACUCCCCGCAUCACCGCUCCCUACCUCGAGCAAUUCUCCCACCGCACCGUCCGCAUUCUCGGCAAAGUCCGACAAAUCCGUGGCGAGACGGCCACCAUCGAAGCCGGCGGUCAAGUGCAAUUGCACUUGAAUAAAGACUGCCACCUUCAAAACAACCACGCGUUUGAAUUUAUUGGAAAAGUGCAACAGGAUCUCAGUGUGCGAGUAUUGGCUUCGACGGAUUUUGGGCCAGAAGGGAAUAUUGACUUCAACGCCAUCGAAGCCGUGGUAGACGCUACACACCGCUACCACGAAAUCUUCUAUCCCAAGAACGAGUGAAUGGGAAGCUUUUCGGUUCCUUGGUGUGUGUGUGUGUGUGUGUGUCAUGAGGAUGGGAUGGGAUUGAAUCAUUGACGGGGCGGCGGCGCCACUCACACCCAGUGAGAGAGGUAGUCGGCAGCUACCUCAAAGGUACCCGCAAGGCGCAAAAAAAAACAUCCAUCGUCUCCUCAAGAUGAGACCCGGUCUCGAAGCUACCAAUGCCACCUUAAUCAUACCUACCUUACCUACAAAGGAGGUAGGAGGUAUGGAUGUACUUGCCGAGUUGCUGCAUUAGUAUAGGUUCCGGGUAGGAGGUAGGUCGAGCCCGUAAGACUGGAGAGUUUGAGACCCUGGCGUGUACUUCAAUUGUGACUGUGCUUGCAGGAAAACACCGACUUUGUGACAUCGUCAUGUGGCGGCUCUUGGGCUUUUUCAUCAC